AUGGCAGGGGCUCUGCUCGGUGCUCUGCUCCUCUUAGGGCUCCUCGGCAGAGGUGAGGGGAAGAAUGAGGAACUGCAGCUGUAUCACCAUCUCUUCGACAAUUAUGACCGAGAAAGUCGGCCAGUGAGAGGGCCUGGGGAUACUGUCACCAUCUCUCUCAAGGUCACUCUGACCAACCUCAUCUCACUGAAUGAGAAAGAGGAGACUCUCACUACCAGCGUCUGGAUUGGAAUCGAGUGGCACGAUUACCGACUCAACUUCAGCAAGGAGGACUUUGGGGGCAUAAAAAUCCUGCGAGUCCCUUCAGAACGCGUAUGGCUCCCAGAGAUUGUGCUGGAAAACAAUAUUGACGGCCAGUUCGAUGUGGCCUACGCCUGCAACGUGCUGGUGUACGAGGGCGGCUCCGUGAGCUGGCUGCCCCCGGCCAUCUACCGCAGUACCUGCGCCGUGGAGGUCACCUACUUCCCCUUCGACUGGCAGAACUGCUCGCUCAUCUUCCGCUCCCAGACGUACAAUGCCGAAGAGGUGGAGUUCACCUUUGCCGUGGACGACUCUGGCCAGACCAUCAACAAGCUCGACAUCGACACUGAGGCCUAUACCGAGAACGGCGAGUGGGCCAUUGACUUCUGCCCUGGGGUGAUCCGCCGCCACCACGGGGUCUCCGCCGGCCGCCCGGGGGAAACUGACGUCAUCUACUCGCUCAUCAUCCGACGGAAGCCGCUCUUCUACGUCAUCAACAUCAUCGUGCCCUGUGUGCUCAUCUCGGGCCUGGUGCUGCUCGCCUACUUCCUGCCGCCGCAGGCCGGCGGCCAGAAAUGCACCGUCUCCAUCAACGUCCUGCUCGCCCAGACCGUCUUCUUGUUCCUAAUUGCCCAGAAAAUCCCUGAGACUUCUCUGAGCGUGCCGCUGCUGGGCAGGUACCUCAUUUUCGUCAUGGUGGUGGCCACGCUCAUUGUCAUGAACUGCGUCAUCGUGCUCAACGUGUCUUUGCGGACGCCCACCACUCACGCCAUGUCCCCGCGGCUGCGCCACGUUUUCUUGGAGUUGCUGCCGCGCCUCCUGGGUUCGGGCCAGGCCGCCGAGGCGCCCCCGGCAGCCGCGUCCCCUAGGCGGGCGUCGUCGGUGCGCUUAUUGCUCCGCGCGGAGGAGCUGAUACUGAAAAAGCCGCGGAGCGAGCUCGUGUUUGAGGGGCAGAGGCACCGGCACGCGGCCUGGACGGCUGCCCUCUGCCAGAGCCUGGGCGCCGCCGCCCCCGAGAUCCGCUGCUGUGUGGAUGCCGUGAACUUCGUGGCCGAGAGCACGCGAGGCCAGGAGGCCACCGGCGAGGAGGUGUCCGAGUGGGUGCGCAUGGGGAAUGCCCUUAACAACAUCUGCUUCUGGGCUGCUCUGGUGCUUUUCAGCGUGGGCUCCAUCCUCAUCUUUCUCGGGGGCUACUUAAAUCAAGUGCCUGUCCUCCCCUUCCCACCGUGCAUCCAAUCUGGGCCUGCACCGACUUCCCCACCCAUGUCCAGCAGGAGAUAGAUUUUGAAAAUAGCUGCUGCCACGACUGUAUUAUGAUUCUUUCUUGCUGCUGAGAAAUUUAUCUUUUGUGAGUUUCCCAAGAGGAAUGCUGUAUGCCCAAUUGUGUAGGUCUGGCCUCAGUUCAGGGGUCAGUAGACGAGGGCAGAUGGUUCAAACAAGCUCUUACGUGCCAAUCCUGCCCUCAAAUCAGCCUUGCUGACCUCCAGCUUUUCUCAAGCCCAGCCCCCCAUUACUCCAGAGGCCUAUGAGCUUCUAAGCUAUCUCUGUCUAUUUGAUAGUCAAACAGGAGAUUCCUUUGCAGGACUUGCACACAGGGAGGCUGGUGCCAGGAAGCCUGGCCCUGCUGAAGUGGGCGGCGACCAAAUACCCUUAGUGCAGGUGGCCCCUCUCAGUAAUUUCUUCCAGGUUUUCUUGGCCCAGCACUGCCCACCCUACCCCCAUGAGAUUCACUCAGUGCAGAUCACACCCUGUUCUGCCCCUUUCAUCCCAACUCUGCAGGGUCUCUCUGCCUAGUAUUUCAGAUUGUGAGAAAAAAAAAAAAGAAUAAAAUGGGGCCUGAA